AUGCCACCAAAGGAAACAACAAAGAAGUGGAAACCUCCAAAGGGUCCAAAGCCUAUUCAAAGGAAGAAUAAAAACACUAUUGGGUUAGGUAAGGCAAUUCAAACUGCAAGACGUAAGGAAAAUGAAGUGCAGUAUUUGCCAGAUGGUGAAGAACGUUUCACUACCGAUAAGCACGAAGCUAAUUGGGUAAAAUUGAGAUCUGUUACUCAGGAAUCUGCAUUAGAUGAAUUUUUGAGUACUGCUGAGUUAGCAGACAAGGAUUUCACAGCGGACAGACAUUCUAAUGUCAAGAUCAUCAGAAUGGAUAACGGUGCCGAUGCAGCCACAUCCCAGGGAUUUAGUUUGACCAAUGAGCAGAAAAGUAAGAUCAACGAGAAGCAGAGAUUACAUGCUAGAGAGUUGAUUGUCCCAAGAAGGCCUAAGUGGAAUGAAUCUAUGACCAGAUUUGAAUUAGAAAGGUUAGAAAAGGAAGCAUUCUUGGAAUGGAGACGUAAAUUAGCCUAUUUGCAAGAAGACAACGAGGAUUUGUUAUUGACUCCAUUCGAGAGAAACAUUGAAGUUUGGAGGCAGUUGUGGAGAGUUGUUGAGCGAUGUGAUCUAGUAGUCCAAAUCGUGGAUGCCAGAGAUCCAUUAUUAUUCAGAUCCACAGAUUUAGAGAAAUAUGUGAAAGAAGUGGAUGACAGGAAACAGAAUUUACUUUUGAUCAACAAAGCGGAUUUAUUAACAAGAAAGCAACGUAUUAUUUGGGCCAAGUACCUUCUCUCGAGGGGCAUCUCUUUUACAUUCUUUUCUGCUGCCAAGGCUAAUGAAAUAUUAGAGAGACAAGAGGAACUAGGGGAUGAAUACGUUGAAGAAGAGGACGAUGAGGAAAUACUGGCUACAGAGGAAGAAAUUGAAGAACUUGAUGGGGAAGAAGUGAACAAAGAAAUUCUGGAUAAAAUUAACAUACUGAAGAUCGAUCAACUUGAAGAAUUGUUCUUAGAUAAAGCGCCAAACGAUCCGCUACUUCCUCCAUUGCCCGGUCAAGAGCCAAUCAUACAAAUAGGUCUAGUGGGUUAUCCAAACGUUGGUAAGUCUUCCACUAUAAAUGCCUUGGUGGGUGCCAAGAAAGUUUCUGUCUCUUCUACCCCUGGUAAGACCAAACAUUUCCAAACUAUCAAGUUAUCUGAUAAGGUAACGUUAUGCGACUGUCCAGGUCUAGUUUUCCCUAAUUUUGCAUACAAUAAAGGUGAAUUGGUGUGUAACGGUGUUCUACCGAUCGAUCAGUUACGUGACUAUAUUGGGCCAUCGACAUUAGUGGCAGAAAGGGUCCCUAAAUACUUUUUGGAAGCCAUUUACGGUAUCCAUAUUCAGACCAAAUCCGUAGAAGAGGGUGGGAAUGGUGAAGUACCAACUGCACAAGAAUUACUCGUUGCUUAUGCCAGAGCUCGUGGUUAUAUGACACAAGGUUUUGGUGCCGCAGAUGAAUCUCGUGCCUCUCGUUACAUUCUCAAAGAUUAUGUGAACGGUAAACUCCUGUACAUUAAUCCACCGCCUCACAUGGACGAUGAUACGCCAUAUACCAGAGAAGAAUGUAAGGAAUUCAACAAAGAUUUAUACACGUUCAGUAAAUUACCUAUCAACAGACAAGAGCAACUUGCAGAAGCUGCCAAACACAAAGGUAUACAAGAUUUGGAUCUUGCUCGCGAUUUAAGUCGAUUAACGUUCUCUGCUCAUAUUGGUGGUGAUGGUGAUAAAGUACAAGCUAAAUCUGUCAACCAUGGUGGUAAACAAGCAGCCUUGUACAACGUAGCUGAUGAACUUGACAAAAAUUUCUUCCAUUUGAACGGUGUUCAAGGCAGACUUACGAACCCUUUCCAUAAGCAAACCGUCGCCAACGAAAAUGGUAAGAAGCAUAACAAGAAGAACAAGAAGAGUAAGAAAAAGGCUUCCAUGUUUUCCGAUUAA